AUGUGUGUUGGCCCAUAUUGUACAGGGAAGUCAUCGACAAUAAGGACUCUCUUUGGUGAACCCUUUGUGAAGAAAUAUACAAGUACAGAUGGUAUUAAAACGUAUGGGCUCGAUAUAUUUAGUUGGAUAAAGCGAGAUAACAAUGAAUAUUUUUGUCAUAUGAGCGAGGACGAAAUUAAACUUUUACUUGGUGACAUUAUUCCAUUGAUAUUCCUAGUAAAGAAGGGUCUUUAUAUUAUUGUGGUUGACAUAUCUAAAUCACUAAAUGAUACAAUUCAUUAUUCCGAAGAUUUGGAAUCGUUUACCGAAGAUAAAGUAAAAGAUGACGUAUCCUUGUGGGUCAAUUCGAUAUACUACCAUUCUAUUCCGGAGCCAGAUGUAAUGAAAUCUGACACUAUUGUGAGUGGAGGUUCAAAGUUCAUCAUUGUUUGCACGAAGAAAGAUUUGGUAGAUGAUAAACAGGUGGUGAAACAGAGAAUGUAUGAAAUAAAAAAUCACAUACGCAAACACACGCCUAAACCAUAUCGUGAGAUGUAUGCAGGUAUAUUUGCUAUCACCAACAAAGGUGGGAUGGAGGGAGUAGAGGCGGAUGAAGAGAUCCCUAAACUUAAAAAUAAGAUCGAAGAGCUCUCCACAGUGUUUAAAGAUAAACAACCAUGCGCACAAGUACGACUUGAGUUGGCAUUACGGCAGAUGAAAAAGCGAACACUACCCAUCUCUGAGGUUUACAGUAAAGGUAAAGAGUUGGGUCUAGAUAAGGAGAAAGUCGACAAAGCCUUGAGGUACUACCACGGCAUUCGUGAGAUGAUACACUUUCAUGAAGACGCUAUUCUGAAAAAUGUUGUCAUUAUCGAUCCACCUUGGUUAAUUGACCUGUUGAGAAUUGUCGUUACCCAAAUGCCCAAAUACCGUAAAAGAAUUGAUCUGUCAGCAGAGUUGGAAGAGCAUUGCAGCAAACUAUUUGAACAUGGUUUGUUGCAUGAAGAAAUGGUAGAUAUUAUACUUGUUCAAGAAAACAGGAUGAAAGAUAAAGAUGUCCUACUUCGGAUGUAUGAAAAAUUCAACAUCAUAUGCAGACGUCGCACAACAGAUUCCGGCAAGGCAGUCUACUAUAUGCCAUGUAUGCUGAAUGAGGGAACCUUAGAACCGAUCAAAUCCAAGCAUGAAAGCGCGAUCCCACUUUAUUAUCAUUUUGGUGACAAUUUUCUGCCUGACUCGGUUUUUCAUCAACUAGUGGUGAAGUGCCUAAAUUCAUGGAAGGAUGCCUUAUUGGUUCGAAAUGCAGCAAGAAUUAACAUUCCCGAGUUUGAGAUGAUCUUAGAUCUGUGGAAAGAAGGAUGUGAUAUUGGUAUGAAAGUUUGUCAAACUGGAGAGCAUCAUCACUCGCUAUUGCCGUGGGCAACAUGA